CACAGCACCAGGUUUCUUUUCUCUCUCUCUCCGACUCUGUCUUUCUUUUUUUUUUUUUUUUACUGCUCUCUCACUCAUUCACUCUCUCUAUUUCUCUCUCUCACACACACACACACACACACACACACACACACACACACACACACACACACACACACACACACACACACACACACACACACACACACACACACACACACACACACACACACACACACAGCACCCAUCACUCCUGGCAGAGGGAAGACAGGACCACAGGAGAGCUGUUACACACCUUUAUUCCCAGCUACUUACCCAGCCAUCGCCAGACGUUUUGCCCAGGAUGUGGACUCUUCUUUUGUGGGUCACCUUUGGAUUUCUGGCCUCCUCCAGGUCGGAACAACUUCAAGUGAAUUCUCGCAGCUGCAGCUAUGCUGGAGUAUUUCUGGUUGAGGGAGCAAGUCGUCACUCUCUCACCUUCGAAAGGGCUCAAAAGGUGUGCGAGCAGCUCGGGAGUACAAUGACAAGCCCAGAGCAAGUCGAACAGGCCUAUAAUAAAAACAUGGAAACCUGCAGACACGGCUGGAUCAACAAUAAGAGCACUGCCAUCCUCAGAUACACACACCAUGAAAACUGUGCAAAGAACAUGACGGGUUUGAUUUUGAAUGAACACGUAACUGUUGAUGAACUCUAUGAUGUCUACUGCUAUGAUGAAAAAGAUGGGCUUGAGGUGAACUGUGACAAAGAGAAUGUACUCUCAGGUGAGCCAGUCACAGAAUCCUCAACACAGUCUGACAUACAAGAAUCUACAUCAGCAGAAGGUCAAGCAACCCAAUUUGAGGAUGCUUCUGAUAGUGACGGAGGUAACCCCACAUUAGUUCCUAGGGAAGUUUCUCCUGGAGAGGUGAUAGAACUGACCCCCUCAGCCACCACCAUGCCCAAAGAACUGAUUCCACAGGAGGCAGAGGAUGCUAUGGAGGAUCCCACUGUGGGGGGCAGAUCCUCUGGAGGGAGUGAGAACGGCACUGUGGGGUCCACUUUCACCCCCAAAGUGUUCGAUCAGCCCACUGGUUCUGGGAUGCAGCCACCAACCUCUGAGGAGGAAGCCGCCUCUCCAACGGCACCUGUUGGAGAGUCUGAGGAAACACAGCAUACUACUGAAAAUCUGCCAGAGGAUGGGACCACAGAGCCUAAAGUUGCCAGUACAGACUCUCCACCACUCCCUAAUGGCAGAAAAGAGUCUGUGCCCAGGUCUGAUCAAAAGGAUGGCACUGAUUCUACAAACUGGCUGGUAAUCUUUGGAGUGAUUGUGGCAGUUGCUGCUAUUCUCUUUGUGUGUGUAGCAGUUGCUAAAAGAAAGAGCUGGUGUGGCCAUAAGCAGACCCUCAUGAUCACAUCAAAAGAUGGCGGCGAGGGGAACGGGGCAGCAGCAUUGGCGUCCAGCUCCCACGCCCAGGAGAGAGAGCAAGAAAUGGUGACCCUCAUGAACAAGGAGAAGAUACAAGAAAAUGGCAACACAGAGGAGUUCACCGUCAUCACGCUAGAGGAGUCGCCAGAUAAAGAACAGCUGGCGUGAGACAGAGGAGCGUAGAGGCAGACAUGACAGAGUAGGAAAGGAGAGGAAAGGAAAGGUGGGACAGAGUGAGGAGUUGGUUAGGAGAUUGGACGGGUGAGGGGUUACGGCCACAAACACUUUAGUGGCCAGCACUGAAUGGACAGUGGGUGAGGGUGUUCGUGAAGAGAGGGCUGAUGCGUGUCUUAUUUAGAAAUAUUGAGGUUCAAAGUAUUGUACCAGGUCUGAAGCUGUUGAUUCUCAUUAGGAUCAGGUCUUUCAAACCAUCACGUGCAGCAUUUUGACCUGCAUGCUAGGUUAGUUAGGACUGAAUGGAGGUUAAAGAUAGAGCAGGUUGUGAAUGUGUUGUUUGUCAGUACUUUGUGUUAAUGUGGUUAUAUGCUUUGUUGGUGAUGGGAGUGGAUAGGCACUGGUUUUAAAGGGAGGGGGGUGGUGAGGUUUUUUUUUUUCUUUUUGAAUUGGUGAAGCCUCAAAGUGUAAGGCUUAUCAGCCAAAAUGGGAUAUGAUCAAUCAAUGACAAUAAACUGGAUUGAAUAUUUAUGGGUUAUUUAAUUUGAAAUACUGCAAAGAAAAGGAACAAAGAAAUUUGAUGAAAACAACCCUUUGAUUUUGUUUGUUUUGUUUGUUUAUUGUUGUAACUUUGUAUAUUUCAGACAUUGCCCGUGGACUGGAGUGGAAACUGGCAAUGUCACUACCUUAAUUUAUGCAGCUUUGAUUUCCUUUUUCUUGGUCUCUGUAUAUAAAGUAUAUGUUUUGGAAAUGCCUUAGCAAUAGCUGCCAGUGCUUUUUUCAGUAGGAAGGGGCUCUGUAUCCCUUUUAAAUAAUGGAAUGUGUCAUUUUUUGAGAGCUAUUUAAUUAGAAACAGCACCUAUGAGGAAAACAAUUGUGAAUGGAUUUUUGCAAUAGUCAAAGUGGAGUGGAUAUUGUAUGAAUCAGCUUGAUGUAUAGCAUACAAAUCUGUGCAGUUUAUGCACCACUGAAGUCAGUAAAUAUGGUAUAUGUUUAUAUCAAGUUGGGAAUAUGGUGAUAUUAAGUCCCUGAUGUUAUCCUGAGGAUAAGUAGAAUAAUAAUGAUGACAUAUACAUACUAUAUACACAGUGUGUACAUCGAUUGGGGAAUAAAGAAAAAGAAAAAGACAGAAUUGGAGAGUAUCUAUAGUGGAUUAAUCUGUUUUUGAAUACAAGAUUUAAGCUCAAUCAAGACAUGUGAGUGACAGCGGCUUAGCCUUUGAUGUUGAAGGAAAUGGCACAUAUGAUAAUUGGGGGCCCAUGCGCUGUAAACACAUAGCAAUAUAAGAGGUUUCUUCAUAAGAAAGAAGCUGUGACAACGUUUUCUGUGUGCUCC